AUGAAGUGCCAGCUUCUCUCCACCUCGCUCCUCCUGAGCCUCGUCCUCGCUGCACCACUCGCAGAGCCAACCAACAACAUACAGCGAGCUGACAAGCAAUCCUGUUCAUCAAAGCCCCACCCAACUCUAGAAGACUUCCACAAGGCAGCAAAAAAUUGGUGCGACGACCACAUCCGCGCUGAUGCUCCCAACCCUACUCUCCAGCUCCCACCCGACCCUCAUAACAUGCCCAUCAUGCCGCCUCUCACCGCCGAUUACACCUUCAAGCUACCCAAUCCCGACAAGAAGAAGCCCGCCAUCUCUCUCCCUGUGACUUUUGAGAUUCGCGGGUGGGCGCCUAUCCAGCGGGAUUAUUGUUACCUUGGAUUCGGCAUGCCAAACGACUGGAACAAUGGGAGUGGGAAGGACGAGGAGCAGGAGCAGAUUGGUAAAGGUAACAUAUGUACGGGAUCAGGUGGGAAGACGUUGGUUCAGGGUUGGAAUCAGACUUAUUGGUGGAAUCAUCAUGGUGUUGUCUUUAAGGGAAAGUAG